UCUGUAGCAGGUGUAGUAGCUGUAGUAGCUGUAGUAGCUGUAGUAGGUGUAGUACCUGUAGUAUCUGUAGUACCUGUAGUAGGUGUAGUACGUGUAGUACCUGUAGUGGGUGUAGUACCUGUAGCAGGUGUAGUACCUGUAGCAGGCGUAUUAGCUGUAGUAGCUGUAGUAUCUGUAGUAGGUGUAGUAGCUGUAGUAGCUUUAGUAGCUGUAGUACGUCUAGUAGGUGUAGUAGCUGUAGUAGGUUUAGUAGGUAUAGUACCCGUAGCACCUGUAGUAUCUGUAGCAGUUGUAGUAGCUGUGGUAUCUGGAGUAGCUGUAGCAGCCUUAGUAGGGGCGUCCAGUGGUGUAAGGAAUUGUAAAGAUUCCUUUCCACCUUCCAGCAAAUUUUCCAAGCAUUUAUAUCGACUAGUCUCACUUUAGUCAAUCGACCAAACUUGGAUAAUUAUUAGGCGUAAGGCAGUGAAACCGAGUCCACACUCAAAGGGAUUGAUAUAAACUACGGUCGAUUUAAUGGGCGAGAGAAUAUAUAGAAUAAAAACGUAGGUAUGUGAGUCCUGAAUGGAACCUUCUACAAAGUACAAAAGAUCAUUUGCACAAGCUUAUGAAAGGAACAUCAAGGUUCACACACAUUUGAUGAAGUUAGUGAUAUAUAGGAAUAUUUUCUACCUUUUAUAUUUUUACGCGGCCUAUCUUGUUCUUAUGACUGUGGUGUCCCAUGCUCAAUUGCGCAAAAUUGACCCGGCGAGGCUACCAGGGGCACCCAAAGACAAUUUUCUGCUAAAUAUCUGUUCGGAGAAGCAAAGAUUGCCAAAAUUUUCUUUUGCUUGAGGAAGACUAAAAAUUCCUAGAUGGACCUUCCAUUCAUUUACAAUUUGCGAUGCUUUAUACCUAAUAAAUUCCCUACGAAUUCUGAUUUUUAAUGUUUCAAAAUCAGUUCCCAGGUUACAAUAUUUUUCUUAAAAAAUGGUCACCUAAAGUUUUUUUUGGAUUCUAAAAUGUGAUGGGGAGAGGUAACCAGAAAAUCCUCACUUGCGUAAAUCGUUAAAUUGCAACUAAAAUUUUCGCAAACCCUGACCCAAAAGAAUGACAUGUCUUUGUUUCCCGCAACCAAUUAUGAAAGACCUUCCGAGCAGCUCUUACAAUACUCGUUCAUGACAUCACCCAUUAUUAUAACCAGUUAAAAAAGUAAGUUCCUGCAAACAAAAUAAGUGAGUUCCUCCAUAUCUAGUGGGCGUCUCUCUUAUACAAUAGGAAUAUUGGCUUGCCCGCUCUAUACCCACCUGAUUGACUCAUGUAGAGACUAUUACGUGUUCAAACUGAAGGCGAGCUCUCCAUUCAGCAAGUUUAAUAGAGCGCUACACCUCUGUUAGCGAUUGAUGAAGUAGAGAAAGUCCAGCGCUGCGCUGCGACUGCCCUCUGAAUUUUUGGCAUUGCUUGUGUCUUGGGUGUCUUGUCAUCUUAUUACAUUGCCUUCCGAUCCAGCCCAGAUCUAGUUUCCAGUCCUGUUUUUGGGUGCUUGGCCACUAUAUUUCGCGUUAUACUACGCAUUAAAAAUGUUUUUACAAGCUUAAUUACAUCAAUUCUGUCCAGUGAAUGCCUUUAGUUGUAAAAAAUGUCCAAGUUUGAAAAGACAAUGGUGUCAUCGGAAAACAGUUAUAAGCCACCUUAAAUCGACAAUGAUAACUAAUAUAAAAGAGAAGGCCCUUCAGGCGUUUUCUAGUAUUCGGAAGCAGACACGACAGUCUUCACACCGCAUCCCAAAUUCUUGACACAAUCAUAUUCACUGGAUAUCCCCCAUGUCAAGGGGUAAGGUAAGGGUAAGGUAAGGUAAGGUAAGGUAAGGGGGAUGUGCACCGAGCAAGAUUUUAAAAGUGGGAUAGUUCCCCAAUAGAAAAAAAAUUCACCUCAAAUUCUUUAAACGUUAUUUACAAGUAAACAAUAAGGCCUCUAACAUAGCUUGCCGAGCUGAACUUGGUAGAUUGCCGCUGCUUAUCCCGAGAAAUCAAAACAUUAUGAACUAUUUUGUUUAUCGAACCACCAACGAUAAGGACUCUAUAGUCAAACAGUCUUUCCUUAUGUCAAAGAAUCUACAUUCUAUGAAUAAUUCCGGAUAUUAUUGCAAAUUCAUAAACAUGUUUGAACAAUACAAUCUCAUCAGUUUAGAUACAGAAUCUUUAGAUAAUGAUAAAAUUGGACGAUAUACCACAGAAAUGAGAGACAAAUAUCCGGUAUCUUUUUUGCGACACAGUCUUGAAAAUUAAAAAAAAUUUGAAUUUUAUAAAACUUUUAAAGAUGAAUAUUCUACAACUGAUUAAGACAAGUAAGACAUUAUGGUAAAUGACAACAUUUUGGUUAAGUUUAAAAUAAGUAAUCACAAACUUCUGAUUGUACAAGGUCGAUACCAAAUAGAUCAUUUGUCAAGAGAACAUAGAUCAGGUAGACGAUAAGAUUCAUUUCUUCUACCACAAAAAAAACAACAACAACACAGUACAGAGACAGGCAUUCAUUAAUCAAAUCAAUCGAAUAACACCAGAGUUUGACAAGAAAUCAUCUCCAGAAAGCAUGAAACUGAUAAAGGAUUCGAAGAACCAUGAUGUAAACGAGUUAGUUAUGGAGUUUAUUUCCUCCUGUAUGAAAAUACAUGAUUGAAUGUUAGUAAUGCAGUUAUUUUUUUUUGGUUCAUUAUUGGUGUUGUUUGUUUUAUAUUUCGAUUGUAAUAGGUAUGCUUUUGCAAUACUGUACAAUGGUGCGGUCAUGCAAAACAAUUAUUAUACUACACCUACCACACGUACUACAAAUACUACAGAUACUACAGGUACUACACAUGCUACAGGUACUACACCUACUACAGAUACUACUGAUACUACACCUACUACAGCAACUACAGCUUGUACAGGUACUACAUCUACUACACCUACUACAGCUUACUAAAGGUACUACAGGUACUAUAGGUACUACAGGUACUACAGGUACUACAGCUACUACACCUACUACAGACACUACAGA